AUGUUUCGUCUUUUCAUAUUUGCAACUUUCUUCACCUUUUUAAUUCUUGGGUCUACUUUUGCUCAGGUUUAUAAUAUACAAUGUCAAAACGAAAUCACAAGAGGUGAUGUCCUAAAAAUAACCUGGGAUCUGGUACAUCCACCCCCAACUGACAAUGGUGGUUAUUACAUUUAUCUCGUACAUGCUGAUCAACCUAAAAAUAGUACUAGUCUCGGUUAUAUAAUGUUCAGUAAUGUAGGGCAUUAUGAAUGGGCUGUAAACGUACAACCUGGCCUUUAUUAUAUUAGUAUGAAUGACCUAGAGUCCAAUACUUUUAUUGUUUACCAAAACCCAAGUGAUUAUAAAAAAAUCCCUUCUGGUGGUCGUUUAUAUAUGUGUAUGGAUAUUGGCCCUGCAUCUGAUGAUGAUAGCUAUAAUCCUGAUGAUGAUGGUAAUAAUUCCAAUGAUGAUGGUUAUAAUUCCAAUGAUGAUGGUAAUAAUUCCAAUGAUGAUGGUUAUAAUUCCAAUGAUGAUGGUAAUAAUUCCAAUGAUGAUGGUUAUAAUUCCAAUGAUGAUGGUAAUAAUUCCAAUGAUGAUGGUUAUAAUUCCAAUGAUGAUGGUAAUAAUUCCAAUGAUGAUGGUUAUAAUUCCAAUGAUGAUGGUAAUAAUUCCAAUGAUGAUGGUUAUAAUUCCAAUGAUGAUG